GUUCCCCCAGGGGCAUCCAGUUUAUUACCCCGGAGGGGGUGGGCAGCCGAGUACUCCUGCAGGGGGUGUGACAUCUACGGGUACUGUUAUUUAUAAUUCUGCUGUGUCACGUUUAAAUAUUAAUGCUUUACCUAUCUGUGUUCCUAACAGUAGUCAUACAAGCUUGCUAUCAGACGGAGGUAUUCUCGGAUCUGUUCCCCAUCCUGUUGUCUGUCAAAUUUGUUUUUCUGCGGGUCAUUCUGCCAUUAACUGUCCUUCUCGUUUCACACAACCAACGUCUCCUGCUCUGUUGACUACUCCCGGUGACAAUACUCCUGCUCUAUGGUUUCCUGAUUCAGGAGCUUCUGCUCAUAUGACUGCAUCUGAAGGACAAAGCAACGGGGGCAAUACUUCUGCGAGCUACUAGUAGUGGACCACUUUAUCCUCUCCAUCUGCCGUCUGCAUCACCAUUAGUUUUUGCUUCCGUUUUAGCUUCUGGCCCUGUGUGGCACCGUAGAUUAGGUCACUGUGGUGAUAGUACUUUACAGUUUCUUAAGAGAAAACAAUUUUUAUGUAGUCAUACUCCCUUUACUCAUGAGUGUGUGGCCUGUCGUUUAGGAAAAUCACAACGUUUACCUUUUAUGGAUGC